GUGAUAUUGGGACUUUAAAUCAAGUAUUUAAGCGACGAAGAAGAUGCCGAGUGCACCGUUCAGCGCGUCGCGUAAUUAUGUAAGGCGUUCGAGGCGGAGGAUAGCCAACAGGAUUCCUCUACCAUCAAGAACAUCCUCGGCAGAACCAUGUGACCUUCUUUGUCCAGCAUCAAAUCAAAUGCCCCCAAGUGGUGGAGGUGCAGGUGGAGCACGAGGAUCAUCACCAAGUGUUUCAGGAGUAGCUGCCCCAUCACCUUCACCAAGUCAUUCACACUCAUCACCUUAUGAUUUAAGACGUAAAAGUCCACCUCAUCCUGAUCCUGCACCCGGUUCUAGUUCAGCAUUACCUCCACAAGGCGGAAGUAGUAUUGCAGCCGCUCUUGGUUCUUUUUCUCUUCCAGCAAGAAAACGACCUAGACGAACAUGUUCUCUGUCUACCGAUGGUACAAACACCAACACAGCGGCACAUUAUCUUCUGUAUGAGCUGCCAGAUGAAGUUCUGUUAACGAUAUUUAAUUACUUCCUGGAAAUAGAUUUGUGUCGAAUGUCACAAGUAUGCAAACGUUUUCAAGCAAUCGCCAACGACACUGAGCUUUGGAAAUCUUUAUAUCAACAAGUUUAUCAAUAUGAUUUACCACUGUUCAAUCCAGCACCAUGUAAGUUUGAAUUUGUAUCGCCGGAUGAAUCGGAUUACCCGAAUCCAUGGAAAGAAAGCUUUAGGCAACUUUACCGUGGUGUUCACGUCCGGCCUGGAUAUCAAGAUCUUAAAUUUAAAGGUCGUAAUUUGUCUUAUUAUAAUACAAUACAAGGAGCUUUGGAUUAUGUUGACGAAUUUAGAAGUAGUAAUAGCAAUAACAAUGCUAAUAACACUAGCUCUUCCAGUCAAAGUAGUACAGCAUCGUCAUCAUCAAAUAAUCAAAAUAAUUGCUGUGGUAAUAAUUCACAAAAUAACGAUGAUUCUUCUCAGCAUAUUAUUUUCCUACAUGCUGGCACAUAUCGUGGUGAAUUCCUCGUUAUCGACAGUGACGUCGCGCUCAUUGGCGCUGCACCGGGUAAUGUUGCGGAAUCUGUUAUUCUGGAACGUGAAAGCGAAUCCACGAUGAUGUUUGUGGAAGGUGCGAGGCGGGCAUAUGCUGGACACCUUACUUUAAAAUUCACACCUGAGGUCACAAGUACAGUGCCUCAUCAUAAACAUUACUGUCUUGAAAUAGGGGAAAAUUGUAGUCCUACAAUAGAUCACUGUAUUAUUCGAAGCUCAAGUGUUGUUGGUGCAGCUGUAUGUGUUUCUGGAGGUAGUGCAAAUCCAAUAAUAAAAAAUUGUGACAUCUCAGACUGUGAGAAUGUUGGACUGUAUGUGACAGAUUAUGCACAAGGUACCUAUGAAGAUAAUGAAAUUUCACGGAAUGCGUUAGCCGGCAUCUGGGUAAAAAAUUAUGCAAACCCAAUAAUGCGACGGAAUCACAUACACCAUGGGCGUGAUGUUGGUAUAUUUACAUUUGACAAUGGUUUGGGAUAUUUUGAGGGCAAUGACAUUCACAAUAACCGUAUUGCUGGAUUCGAAGUAAAGGCGGGGGCAAAUCCCACAGUUGUUCAGUGUGAAAUUCAUCAUGGCCAAACGGGAGGUAUUUACGUUCAUGAAAAUGGCCUUGGUCAAUUUAUUGAUAACAAAAUUCAUUCAAAUAAUUUCGCGGGAGUUUGGAUAACUUCCAAUUCCAAUCCAACAAUUCGUCGUAAUGAAAUUUACAAUGGCCAUCAGGGUGGAGUCUAUAUAUUUGGCGAAGGUAGAGGCUUGAUUGAGCACAAUAAUAUUUAUGGAAAUGCACUUGCUGGAAUUCAAAUAAGAACAAAUUCAGAUCCUAUUGUGAGACAUAAUAAAAUACACCACGGGCAGCAUGGAGGUAUUUAUGUACAUGAGAAAGGCCAAGGCCUUAUUGAAGAGAAUGAAGUAUACGCCAACACCCUAGCUGGUGUUUGGAUUACUACGGGAUCAACGCCGAUCUUAAGAAGAAAUAGAAUUCAUAGUGGUAAACAAGUUGGCGUUUAUUUUUAUGAUAACGGCCAUGGAAAACUAGAAGAUAAUGAUAUAUUUAAUCACCUGUACUCAGGAGUACAAAUAAGGACUGGUAGUAAUCCCGUUAUUCGAGGAAACAAGAUAUGGGGUGGCCAAAAUGGCGGUGUCCUCGUGUACAACAGCGGUCUGGGAUUACUCGAGCAGAACGAAAUAUUUGACAACGCCAUGGCGGGCGUUUGGAUAAAAACAGAUAGUAAUCCAACACUUAAAAGGAAUAAAAUAUUUGAUGGACGAGACGGUGGAAUAUGUAUAUUUAACGGUGGAAAAGGAGUACUAGAAGAAAAUGAUAUCUUCCGUAAUGCUCAAGCUGGAGUUUUAAUAUCAACACAAUCGUAUCCAGUGUUAAGGAAAAAUCGAAUUUUUGAUGGAUUAGCUGCUGGCGUAGAAAUAACUAAUAAUGCUACGGCAACAUUGGAAUUUAAUCAAAUUUUUAAUAAUCGAUUUGGUGGAUUGUGCUUAGCAAGUGGAGUUCAACCAACAUCCCGAGGCAAUAAAAUAUUCAGCAAUCAAGAUGCAGUAGAAAAAGCAGUUGAAAAUGGUCAAUGUUUAUAUAAAAUAUCUUCGUAUACAUCGUUUCCCAUGCACGAUUUUUAUCGUUGUCAAACGUGUAACACAACUGAUAGAAAUGCAAUUUGUGUUAACUGCAUAAAAACUUGUCACGCCGGCCAUGAUGUGGAAUUUAUAAGACAUGAUAGAUUCUUCUGUGACUGUGGUGCUGGUACAUUGAGUAAUCAGUGUCAACUUCAGGGUGAACCAACGCAAGACACCGAUACAUUGUAUGAUAGUGCUGCACCUAUGGAGUCUCAUACACUUAUGGUCAACUAGAAACUAACUUUAAAUAAUAAUAUUAACAAUAAUAAUACUAAAAUAAUAUUAAUUAUCAUAAUAUUAAUAAUAAUAAUAAUAAUAAUAAUAAUAAUAAUAAUAAUAAUAUUAAUAAUAAUAUUGCUAAAAGAAAUUAAAAGUAAAGGAUUAAGUGAGCAAUCGCAUCAUCAUGAAAUUGUGUGUCUCCAGCGCAAUUGCCAGCAACUAAAUACGGUAAAAAAAAUUUUCAACUUUUUAUUAACAUUAUUAUUGUUUUAUUUAAUCAUAGUUAUGGUAAUAAUGAAAUAUUCAUUGCUUAAAAUUAUUUUUACUAUCACAACACAUUAGUUUUAUUAUCGUUAUCAUUGUUAUUAAGUAUAUCAUUAACAUUAUUAUUAUUAUUAUUACGUCAAAUUAGUAGUUGAUAAUUAUUUUACUUGUCUCUCAUAUAUAUCGUUAAGUAUAUGAAAUAAUAAGAAAAGAAAAAUCACAAAUUAGGUAGAAAAAAAAAAAAAAAAAUUUCUUUUCUUUUUUCAAAUACAAUUGUACAUUAAAUCGAAUCUCUCUCAUUAAAUUUUGUAGCAGUAAUCCAAUUAUGUGAAUACGUGUAUGCAAUUUGUUUAUUGUUUCGAGAGAGAAAACGUCAAGGAAGAUAAACAAUUUUUGGAUUAUUCCAACAUAUAUAUAGAUAUCAUUCUGUUCAUUUUAUUCUGUCGAUCCCAAAUCGUACUCGCGCGCUCAUACAAUUGUAGAAAUUUUUGUUUUGUUUUGUCAUAAAAAUUGAAUAUUUGAUUAAUAAUUCAGUUAAAAUACUAAAAUUUCGUGAAUGUUGAUGUUUCUUUGUUUUUUUCCACAAAAGUAAACCGGAUUUUCUAUUAAUUUUGCACUCAUUAAAUCAUUACGUAAAGUGAAUAAUAAUUGAAUAAAUUCAAUUCUGUAUAAAUACACUGCCGUCGUUGUAUAUUGUGUAUAAGAUUAUGAAUAAGGGAAAUUGAAUGAAAUCAAAAAGUGAUAAAAAAAAUUUCCACGAAAGUUUCUCUGUUAAUUAAUGAUACGUGAGAUUGAAAGAGUAGAGUCAUACGCACAUAUACUCGUUUAUGAUUGUAAGAGUGAAUGGAUUUAUUGAGUAAAAUGAUGAUUUUAUUUCAAUAAAUUAAAGAUAAUUUUUAAUAAUAAUUCAAAUUUAAUUAACAAUUAAAAACAAGUAAUACAACUUAUUUUUUAUUACAUAUUUUCUUCUUUAAAUUAGUAAUAAUAAUAAUACAGUCAAUGAUAGUAAAUAAAAAUAUUUUUCUUUAUUAAAUAAUUGUGUUUGAUAAAAUUGAAAAAGAAAAAUAUUAUAAUUAAGGCGUUUGAGAACCGAGCGUUGAAUGAAAUGUGAACUGAAUGAUAUAAAAAAAAAUGUAACAAUUGAGUGUGGAACUUUUGUGGAAAAUUUCUACACGUGCAUUAAUUAAUUGGAAUCUAUCGAACAAUUUGCAAAAAAAAAAAAAAGAAAAUUAAUAUGAGAAAAAAAAAAUUGAAAAAGAAAAAAUGAAAUUUGAUAAGAGAAAAAAAAAAUUAUUUUUACUUUUAAUAUCAAUUGUAAUGGUCUUAAGUUGCCUAAGGGCGAAGUGCAUAAUAAAACAAAAAUGAAUGAAUA